CUACUCGGUCGGGUUCACUAACCACUCAGCCACAAUGGGAACUCCCUAAAACUGCUUUUAAACAGCUCAUGUGAUUGAUGAGGCCUAUCUGGAUAAUCUCCCCCUUGAUUAAAAAAAAGUCCCUUAUAGUAACCUUAAUUACACCUGCACAUCCCUUUUGGUAUGUAAUGUAACAUAAUCACAUUGCAUCCUAUUCACAGUCCUAGAGAUUAGGGUGCAGAAUCUUGGUGGGGCUCUGUGAGGGUCAUUUUAGUAUCCUGCCUACAAUAGUUUGAUAAGUAUUGGUUGAGCAGCACUCUUAAGUAAGCUCAAUGUGGUGCAGAGGAGGCACCAGAGCAGCCAGGAGAGGUGGUGUGCAAGUAUUGGGAUUCAGCCAGGCUUUACAGGAAGGGUGGACUUUGAUUAGUGCUGAGGCAGGAAUGUGUGGUGGGUCUGAAGGCCACAGGCAGGCUGGGUUGAUGGAACUAGAGAAUUAGGAGGCAAAGACAAGGAGCGUGUGGCCUUGAGCACUGGGCUAAAGUGGUUAUACCUCAUUCCAUGAAAAAAAGGAACCACUCAAAAGCUUCUGGCCAGAGUGUGACAUAUAUAACUUAUGGUGUUUUUAAUCUGUCAAGUGUGAUGGUUUGGAAAGAGUGGUAGAAACUCAAGGCAAGACUACUAUCCAAGGCUUUUAUGAUGGUCUGAGUGGUGGGUCCUGCAGGCUUAAGCUCAAGGGGCUGUAGGAAUGGAGGGGCAGAGACAAGCUUCAUGCCCUGGCUCUGUGGCCAAAGGUCUUCACCUCACCCGACAUUCUUUUUCUUCUUACCCAACAAGGGACAGACCCUCAAGUCCUGGGCUUUGGAGGAUCCUCAUGGCUCUUUUGGUCAGCCUGGGUCUCCUGUUCACUAAGUUGGUCCCUUUGACUUUUAUCCUUGGGGUGGUGUUUAUCCAGGCUAUUCAUCAGCAGAUUCUGAGCAACAAGUUCCUUAUUGUACGAAUGAGAGAACUUCUGUGGAGAAAAGAAGAUUGCCAGAAGUUUUAUCAAGAGCAUGAAGGACGUUUUUUCUAUCAGCGGCUGGUAGAAUUCAUGGCCAGCGGGCCAAUCCGAGCCUACAUCCUUGCCCACAAAGAUGCCAUCCAGCUCUGGAGGACAGUGAUGGGACCCACCAGAGUGUUUCGAGCACGCCACAUAGCCCCAGAUUCAAUUCGUGGGAGUUUUGGCCUCACUGACACCCGUAAUACAACCCAUGGCUCUGAUUCUGUGGUUUCAGCCAGUAGAGAGAUUGCAGCCUUCUUCCCUGACUUCAGUGAACAGCGAUGGUAUGAGGAAGAGGAGCCCCAGUUGCGAUGUGGGCCUGUGCACUACAGUCCAGAGGGAGGCAUCCACUGUGCAGCUGGAACAGGAGGCUCAGGGCCAGCCUGACGCAGGCCUGUUGGUCUGUGAAGACUGAUGGCAUUGCCCAUCCUUUCCUAGACCUCUGGUCCACAGCACUCUCUUAGGACCAGGGAGGCCUGGGGCUCAUCACACCAUCUCUGCAGGGCACUGCCACCUGCCGGAUAGCUACCUCCUCACUGCCAACUCUUCUAGAAUCUAACUGUCUACCUCUUCUCUGGAAUAUUGAUGGGUGGUUCAGAGGAAUGAUGGCUCCUUUUUUUUUCUAAGAACUCUUCAUCCUUUUUCAAGCAGAAGCUUGCCUAGCUGACUUGCUAAAAAGAUGCAGUGACUCUGUAUUAGUAACAUUUGUCCUGUUUUCCUUAAUAAAAGUCAGUGUUCUACUGAA